UGCGCGCUUGGCGAACGUACCCGAUCCGCGCGGCUCGGCUGUACCGGCCCUUGCGGCAGCCCGAGCGUCUCGGCUGGUCUCUGCGCUGCCCCGGCGAGGAUGCGGCUGUUCCGGUGGCUGCUGAAGCAGCCGGUGCCCAAGCAGAUUGAGCGCUACUCGCGCUUCUCGCCAUCGCCGCUCUCCAUCAAGCAGUUCCUGGACUUCGGGAGAGAUAAUGCAUGUGAGAAAACUUCAUAUAUGUUCCUACGAAAGGAGCUUCCUGUGCGCCUGGCUAACACAAUGAGAGAAGUUAACCUUCUGCCAGAUAACUUGCUUAACCGCCCUUCGGUGGGAUUGGUUCAGAGUUGGUAUAUGCAGAGUUUUCUUGAACUUCUAGAAUAUGAAUAUAAGAGCCCUGAAGAUCCACAGGUCUUGGAUAACUUUCUACAAGUUCUAAUUAAAGUCAGAAAUAGACACAAUGAUGUGGUUCCUACAAUGGCCCAAGGAGUGAUCGAGUACAAGGAGAAGUUUGGGUUUGAUCCGUUCAUUAGUAGUAACAUCCAGUAUUUUCUGGACCGGUUUUAUACCAACCACAUCUCUUUCCGUAUGCUCAUUAACCAGCACACACUUCUGUUUGGAGGUGACACCAAUCCUGCACACCCCAAACACAUAGGAAGCAUUGAUCCCACCUGCAAUGUAGCUGAUGUUGUGAAAGAUGCAUAUGAAACCGCUAAGAUGCUUUGUGAACAGUAUUAUCUGGUAGCUCCAGAGCUGGAAGUUGAAGAAUUCAAUGCCAAAGCUCCAGACAAACCUAUUCAGGUAGUUUUUGUGCCCUCACAUCUGUUUCACAUGCUAUUUGAGUUGUUCAAGAACUCAAUGAGAGCGACAGUUGAACUAUAUGAAGAUAGAAAAGAAGGCUACCCAGCUGUUAAAACUCUUGUUACUCUGGGUAAAAAAGACUUAUCCAUUAAGAUAAGUGACCUAGGUGGUGGGGUCCCACUACGAAAAAUAGAUCGUCUUUUUAACUACAUGUAUUCAACUGCCCCGAGACCUAGGCUGGAGCCUACAGGAGCUGCCCCACUGGCUGGAUUUGGUUAUGGCUUGCCAAUUUCUCGCCUGUAUGCUAGAUAUUUUCAAGGAGAUCUAAAACUCUAUUCUGUGGAAGGCGUGGGUACUGAUGCUGUCAUUUAUUUGAAGGCUCUUUCAAGUGAAUCAUUUGAGAGACUUCCAGUUUUUAAUAAGUCUGCGUGGCGCCAUUACAAGACCACACCUGAAGCUGACAAUUGCAGCAUUCCCAGCAGUGAACCCAGGGAUGCUUCCAAAUACAAGGCGAAACAGGACAAGAUCAAGACUAACAGAACUUUGUAAAGAACUGAAUGCUUCGGUCCUCUCCAUGAAGAAAAGAUGGUCUUCUGCAAGUCACCCAGAAAGAACUCCUUUCCUCCACCAACUCUGCGUGUGGCACUAUAGUUAAUCCAGUGCUUGAAUGUGUAUUUUCUCCAUAU